CAACUACUCGAUCAAAAUUCAAACAUGAAAGACACCCAAACCAAGAAAUUAGCUCUUUUAGUAGGGUGCAACUAUGCAAACACACCAAAUGAGUUACAUGGUUGCAUAAAUGAUGUGUUAGCCAUGAGACAAGUUCUCAUCAGCCGAUUUGGGUUCGACCCAAAUCGCAUCAAUCUGCUAACCGAUGCACCUGGCUCACUUGUCAUGCCAACCGGUGCAAACAUAAAGGAUGCACUUGACCAUAUGGUUGACCAAGCUGAGCCAGGUGAUGUUCUUUACUUUCACUAUAGUGGUCAUGGGACACGAGUUCCUUCAAUUAAACCACCACACACUUUUCAUCGUCUAGAUGAAGCCAUCGUUCCUUGCGAUUUUAAUCUUAUUACAGAUCUGGAUUUCCGAAACAUAGUGAAUCGAGUGCCAAAAGGAGCAACUUUCACCAUUCUUUCUGAUUCUUGCCAUAGUGGCGGACUAAUCGACAAAGAAAAAGAGCAAAUCGGCCCAUCGUCCCUCCAAAAUUCCAAUUUUACCCCUACCCUUACCUCCAUCCCAACCAUCACCAAAUCCAAAACCAUUCCUUUUGAAUCAAUUCUACUCCAUCUUUCAUCACUAACACACAUAAACACACCCGAUCUUGCCACACACUUUCUCGAGCUCUUUGGAGACACUGCAAGUCUCCGAUUCCGAUUCCCUUCGCACGAAAUUGAUUCCAUUCCAUCCUUACAUGAAGAUACCGGGAUUUUGCUAAGUGGGUGUCAAGCAAAUGAAACUUCCGCAGAUAUGAACCCUAAUGGGGGUAAAGGGAAAGCUUAUGGUGCUUUUAGUAAUGCGAUUGAGAUUGUGUUGAAAGAGAAUCAAGGUGAUUUGAGUAACAAAGAAGUUGUGUUGAUGGCUAGGAAUGUUUUAAAGAUACAAGGAUUUGUGCAACAUCCUUGUCUCUAUUGCAGUGAUGACCAUGCAAACUCAUUGUUCUUGAAAUAGCAACGUACUUUCGAUUAUUUGUGUAUUAAAUAAAGCUUUGUACUUUCAUUUAUUUCUAUUGCAACA